AUGCCAGCACUGAGAGCAAAGAGCGUGCUAUGUCCCAGCCGGAUAUCUAUCGACAACGAACCCCCUGCACCGACGGAAAAGAUCCAGUCUCGAGCCUUCACCUCGACGACGUGCGACGAAAACCACCCGAUCAAGGUAGAAUCUAUCGACGACAUGAACUUCAAGAAUGACAGAGAGCAGACCGUGCCGAAUAGGGUUCCAUCACCAUCGCUGGUCUCUCCUUCGUUGGUCAGGUCGCCCAGCCUGAUUCGCUACAAUACUAGCCCGGACGUUCAUCGAAGGACAGUAGGGUUGACGGGAACCCAAGCUUCACCUGGGGCACAACAUCAGCUGUACGGCGGUUCUUUUCGAGCCCGCAUCUCCUCCAUGUCUUCCUCGCCCCAGUCAUUCUCCCACCCACUGGCCGGUUCCCCCACCAACUCUUUGAAGAAUCCUCAACAGAAUCCACCCACCAUCAACCCGUAUCAUCAUCGUACGGAUACCGAGAUAGAUUGGCUGUACGAUCGCAACGCCGAGCUCCAGCUCGAGAUCGACAAACUGGCCCGGCAAGUCAAAGUUCAGAAUAUGGUCGCUCGGAACGAAGGCCGACGAGCUGCCGCCAAGAUUGAUGCGCUCGAGGCGGCCUUGUUGGACAUGGAGAGGCAGAAUGCCAAGUUGGUCGCCGAGAGCAAACGGGCUAGGAUUAGGGAAAAGAGGGACGAGGGUUCGGAAGGAGGACAAAGAGGAUCGGGAGUAGGGUUGGGAUUUGGGGGAGGACAGCGGUACGGGAAGGAAGGGGUCUCUUCCACUGACUCGAUUAAGCUCCGAGAGCUUUCGGAAGGGUCGAACAGGAGGAGAUCGUACCGUUCCCCGAGCCCCGAAGAUGACUCUAGGACGACACUCUUGCCCCGACGACGUUCGAUGCGACCGCACGGUCGGAGCUUAGCUAGCGAACUCGAACUGAGUGACGAUCAAGAAGAGUCGGGUAUGCAUGGUAUUCACGGGAACACUGGGACACCCCCCGUGAACGAUAUCCCCCUAGUCGAUCUUCCGCAAGAAGAAGAGCCAGCAUCGUUACCCGCUCCGGCAACCCGGAUCUCCUCUACUCCCGUUGCAUCCCAAACCUUGUCACCAGACCACAUCCCCUCUAACAUCACUUCAGAUGUCUCGGGUCUCCCUCGUCGGUCCAGUACCUAUCUCACCCCGUCUCAACCAGAAGGGACGCCUCAGACAUCCCUCUAUAGUCCCAACUCGUUUCCCACUAGCCGUCUAGGCGUACGCAACCGCAGUCGACUUUUCCCUUCGUCCGCAGGUUCUCCAAACCUGCCAUUCCAAGUCUGGGCCUCGCCCGGAUCGCCUUAUCGUUCCCCAGGGUCGACGAUCGAGAUCAACUCCCGGUUCUCGGGUGGAAGAAAGACACUGGCGAGCGAGUUGGCGAAUUGGGCAAUGGAUAUGGAGGAGGAUGAGACAUUGGAGGAACAAGAGAUCGAGGCCGUCUUGCAUGAAGCCGAGGCCAGAGCCGAAGCUGCGGGUGGGCAGGAUCAUUGGAGGACAACGAGGUCGGGAAGGUAUAGCUUGCUGGAGAAGGAUCAGCGUGUAUACUCGUUCACGUCUGGACAGGAAGUCGACGGAAUUAGGGACACGACUACAGAAACGACGACACCGGACAGCCCGAACCCUACCGGCAGUUUCUUGGGCCGCAUUUUCCAACGCAUCAAACGGUUCUACCAGUCUACCUGGCUAGAGAUCCAGUUCAUCUGGGUCGUCUUGAUCUUCCUUCGUCGCGUCUGGAUUGAAGGACGACAAGGACUCGUGUUGAGGUCCAAGGUCAAGGACAAGAAGUUGGAAUGA